GGAUCUUCACUGACAUUUGUUGACGUCUUGUGACUUUUUUCAUUUGACUUCGAUGUCUGAGUUUUGAAAUACAGGCGAGGAAAAAAGUUUUUAUCAAUUUUUAGUCCUCACGUCAACUCGAAAUGGAUUCCUUAGAACAUAAGCUGCAGCAUAUGAACCUUUCCGCCCAAGGAGAUGUAGAUCGCCGAUAUAAUCGCUUGACGAAUUCUGAUCAAGGAUCUCCAUUCCAUCAGAAACAGAAAUCGGUAGGAAACACCGAAAGAUUUAUGAGAGACUAUGGUGAAAAUUCAGCCAAAGAUUAUGCCAUGUAUGAAAGAAGUAAUAUAAUCGCAAGCUCAAAAUAUGCCACUCCCAAACAGUUAGAAACAUUAGUUAACCCUCAUAGAAUUCCAGAAGAAAAUGAUGUUUAUGUGCAGUGUGGAAAGCCACAACCACAAGUUUCUAUAAUAACAAGUCCUACAAGGGCAAUGAAUGCGACUAUUCAUUCUAAUGAUACUGAAUUAAGUAAGCAAUCAACAGGGGUUUAUGAAAAUGUAGAAUAUUAUGGAUCUCGAGGUAGUUCAGUGUAUUACCAACAAAAUCCUAACAUUAAUGAUGCUUAUCCUAAAGCAAGUCCUCAAGUGGCUACAGGAAACAGGGGGACUUUACCAAUAGAUGGUGAAGCGCCUCCUCUAUAUGAAAAUUUACAUUCAUAUGCAAAGAAAUCGGUGGGUGCUACCCCAGGGCCACAGGUUCCUAUAAAUAAUCAGAGACCCAGAUUUACACCAGUAGAACUUGAAGAAAUAAAUAGUGGGGAUUAUGUUUGUAUGACUGGAAGCGGUAAUACAUCCCACACUUUAAGUACAAAUACUCCAUUCCAAACAACAUCUGCCAAAACCUAUGAUAGAUCUCCUGCAACUGGUAUUGCAUUAACACCAACACCUAAACCUGCUCCAAAAAAACCUCCAUCUUCUAAGCCAUUAGAAGAAAAAUCACGAGCAAGUCCCGUUCCAAGUCCAACACCUAGCAAUAGCAGUACUAUGAGUGGAAAAUUGAAAAUAAGUGGUAAAACACUACUACCUUAUAGUGUUACCCCACCAAGGCCGAGGGGCCCUACUGAUGCAGAAAGGAAAAUUGAAGAAAUGACAAGGCAAAUAGAGGAAGAAAUGGAAAAGCAUGAAGAGGAAGGGGAGUACUUUGGUAUAUGCCACACAUGUGGUGAUAAAGUGACUGGAGCAGGCCAAGCAUGCCAAGCCAUGGGUAAUCUUUAUCAUACCAAUUGUUUCAUAUGUUGCUCUUGCGGUCGAGCCCUAAGGGGCAAGGCCUUUUAUAAUGUUCAUGGUCGAGUUUACUGUGAAGAAGAUUACCUGGUAAGCUUUGGUGAAAUAAACGAAGAAGAAAAUAUGACUAACGAACCGAAAUUUUUGCAGUAUUCAGGAUUUCAGCAAACUGCAGAAAAGUGCGCCAUUUGUGGCCACUUAAUAAUGGAAAUGAUUCUUCAAGCGAUGGGAAAAUCCUAUCAUCCUGGCUGCUUCAGAUGUUGCAUCUGUAAUGAGUGUUUGGAUGGUGUGCCAUUCACCGUGGAUGUUGAUAAUAAGAUUUACUGUGUGAAUGAUUAUCACAGGAUGUUUGCUCCAAAAUGUGCAGCAUGUGGAAAGGGUAUCACUCCAGUGGAAGGAACAGAAGAAACUGUUCGAGUAGUUUCAAUGGAUAAAGAUUUUCACGUUGAUUGUUAUGUUUGUGAGGAAUGCGGCAUGCAAUUAACAGAUGAGCCAGACAAGAGAUGCUACCCUCUUGGCGAUCGAUUAUUGUGCAGGAAUUGUCAUGUUCGAAGGCUGCAACAUACUCCAACACCAAGACAGCUUCAUCCUGUUUCAGCAUCAUAUCAAUAUACCGGUUAGUUUUUUCCAAUGUUUAUUCUAUGUAAUUCUAAAUUUAAGUUUGUGUUGCCCAGUUAAGCCUAUAUGAUUUUCAAAUGUUUGGAUUUUAUUAUUUUAUUCCUGACACUAGCUCCAUUUUUAUUUUAGUGUGUAGGGGAAAUCAUUAUUCAGUGCAUUAUUUUUGUGAUCUGAGUACAAUGUGCAGUGUUGUGAUUUUGUAAACAUUUACAUAUUAGUUUUAUCAUUGAGUUCUCGAAUCUAAAAUUGAUUCUAUCGGAAUAGAGAACACAUGAUAUCCUAAACUCGCUAUUUAUUAUCUCUGCUCAAAGCUAUAGCAAUGUCAAUAGACAUUGGAACUACAGCAGCUUAUCAUUCCUUGGUAGCUCUGAAAUAGGCAGACCUAAAAACAAUAAUUAAUUUUUGUGUAAAUGCUACUGCAGUAAAACCAUCACAAUUAGAGAAGAUUUUUCAUAAGAGUUUUCAUUUUGUA